CACACACACUAAGAUCCCUGUGAUCUGUGAUGUCAUUGCAUAUAUAACAGGAAGUGAUUCCUCAGAAUCUCAUUAGAAUCAUAGCAGACACACAGAAACAAGAGCACAGUUUCUGAGGAACUGUUUUUGCUCUCAGGCAAAGUGGCAGAAACCGAGGACCAGACGACCUGAUUGGCUCGAUGGACGCCGACCUCAGUUUGCUGCACUGCGGUCGCCCAUGUCACAGUAAAGCGAAGACACUCGGGGUCAGACGUCUGCAUCAGACGACCCUGAGCCUGGGGGACACGGAGGCCUGCUACACCACCACCCACACGGAGAGUUUCUCUGGCAGGUCGUCUGAUGGUCGUCCGCUCACGUUCCACCUGAGAGACGCCAGUUUCCCCUCACAGCAUCACACCCGUGACACCGGCAGCAGCAGCAGCGUCAUCACGCCGCUGGCGCCGCCGCCGGUGUCUCACACGACAGACGUGCAUGGGCCCAAACACGUCACUCCGCGGGCCAACACCAGGACACACAACUGGGCUCGGUACUGCAGCGGCCGCGCGGUGAGAGAUAUCACCAACCCGCAGGAGCCGUCGCAGCACCGAACCACCUACACACACGUGCACGCGCUGCUGGUGGACGACGGCUCGACUCAGCGGCCAGUCGGCGGCACCGCGACCCAGUGGCACCGACACAACAUCCUGACAGGUGAACAGAACCCUGCGUCCGCUCCUUCCAGGUCAAACCGUCUCUGCAGAGACGAGCUGCUGUGGGCGGCGAGGCCGUGGGAGACGGACUGUACCGCACUCAGACUCCACUGACACUCACACAGCCAACCACUGCUCCUCGACGCUUCACGGAGAAGCUGAUCAUCAGUGUUCACGUUCACUGAUGUGGAGAAAUAAGUAUUCUGGUGUGUUGCAUUUUGAAAUGUUCCCCUGAGUAAGAGUUAGUCAGGCGUGAAUCUUCCUGCUGCUGCAGGGCGACUACAUCAGUCUCAGUUACGCAGCUACAAUAGACACGAGACUGAAUUAAAGAUCAGUGAGAAGCAUGAAAAGCUACAAUUCAUGUCAGAGUCUGUGGACAAACAGAAACAUCAGGAAACGUUUGUUCAGUUUGUUUGAGAGAAACUCAGUCAACAAGUUUGUUAAGUCCGUCGUCUCUGGGAUGAUUUGGGUAUGAAGGAAGUUCUUACUCCGUGUUCAGGAUACGACGAGGAUGUCAUCACAUGGUUGUGAGAUGAUACUGUUGGGUUUUACGUGACACGAUUCGUCUCUUCUCACUGCUGUUCAAUAAAUCACCAGUACGACGUCACCAUCA